AUGAAUCCAUCACAAGGGACCCUAGAAAAGGGAAAAUCAUUGUAUACGUUCUCUCGGCUCCAAGGUCCAUUCUCAAACGACAAGGAUCUUCAAAAUGUAGACUCAACUGAGGAUACUUUUAGUCGAUCACACCCUGACGGCAUAUCCUCAGUUGAGCCGCAUCACGAGCCCGCAAAAGAACCAUUCGUUGCAUCUGACCUAACGGACCAAAAAUGCAGACAGAAGAGGCGGGAUGUACCGUCAAUAUGCCACUUGCUUUUCGUCACGUUUUCAUGGGAGAUACUGGCGAUGUUGCUGGCUACAAUUCUUUUAAUCGCGAUCGUUGUGGUUCUUGCGAAAUAUAAUAACCAGCGUCAACCGGCCUGGAAAUAUGUGACGCUGAACUCAUUGAUCUCCUGGCUCAGCACCGUCUCCAAAGGCUGUAUCCUUUUCUGUAUCAGCGAGGGCCUCGGUCAACAGAAAUGGGUCUGGCUCUCACAAAAGAAGCGCCCGUUAUCAAACCUUCGUGUCUUCGAUUCAGCCAGCCGAGGGAUUUAUGGAAGUGCAGAGUUGAUCUGGCAUCUCAGAGCAAGACAUUUCGCUGUUCUGGGCAGCCUGGCGCUCAUUCUUGCGCUCGCAUUCGACCCAUUUACCCAAAAUUUGAUCCAAUACUACUCCCAUCUGGACAUAGAUAGCUCGCAAACCGCAAUGCUAUCAAAUUGUUCCUUCUACGACAGCCUAGGUCUACCCUCGCAUUCUGUAAAUUUUGUCGAACCAGAGAUGAAAGCCAACGUUUACAACGCAUUAUUCAACAGCGAUCCAUCACAGCCUUGGUCCACCCCCCAGUUCACAUGCAGCUCGGGUAAUUGUACCUGGGAUCCAGUCGCCACACUAGCAAUGAGCGCAACCUGCGGCAAUAUAACCGAUAAACUCAUAUCUUUCUGCGCUGCCAACACGAACGACACCGCAUUCCAGGGUGCCGAGGGCGCAACAAACUGCACAUAUUACCUCCCAGCAAAGUCCAAGACAUCCGUCAACGGGAAUCUGACCGUCAGCUUCCUCAACAACUCCAUAAUGGGAAUACCAGUCGCACUAGGACUCAGCAAGGCCCUCCUCCCCAGCAACGGCUACAUAUCGCCCGUCCAAAUCAUCGCCCCAGACAGCCUAUUGACAAACGGCCUAUACUCAAGCAGACUAUCCACAACAGACAAAUGGCAAGCAUUCGAAUGCACGCUCGAACCAAUCGUGCGCAGCUUCCGCGCCACAGUAACAAGAGGCACAUACCACGAAGAAACCCUCGGCAUCUGGCGAAACGGCUCAUUCGCUCAAACCACCCGAGCAGGCCACUACUACACCUUACAACCACCCUGGGGACCGGAAAUGGGCAUGGAGCACAACACUACAUUCUGGAUAGACGCAAUGCCCACGGCAGCAAUAGACAAUUUCAUUUCCAGCCUCUUUGCCGGCCACGCUAAGAUCGACGCCAGCGGCUACGUCUUCAAGCCCAGCCCCACCUCGCAGUAUGCGACGAUGGACGUGCUAGAAGCCAUAUCGCGCUCAAAUAUCACAGGGUGUGCGGUGAAAUCGGCGGAGAAACUCCGCUGCGCUGUUGAGAAUAUUGCUAGUGCGAUGUCGAAGUCGUUUCGCGAUACUGCGGCGUCGACGCAGGUGGGUGCGAAUACGACUGGUAAGGCGAUGGCGAGCCAGACGCAUGUUAGAAUUUAUUGGCAGUGGAUGGCGCUUCCGGUGGUUAUUUGGGGGUUGGGGGUUGUGACGCUUGUUGGGACGAUUUGGAAGAGUUGUAGGGCUGGGUUGCCUGUUUGGAAGAAUGAUGUGCUUCCCCUUUUGUCUAUAUAUGAGAAUGAUCGGGAUGAGGAUGGGAAGGGGGACGAGAUUGCGUAUGGGCAGAAGGUUAGACUGGGUGAAAUAAAUGGUAGAAUACGGCUUAAUUUCAAGGAAAGCUUUGAGCAGGAUGACUUGAAUGAGGCAGAGCAUCUAGUAAACAUCAGAUACUGA